GUGUACAGCUCCAGUUGGCUUCUCCAUUUCCAUCUGCCUAAGUAAAUAUCAAUAGAAAAUCAAAAUGGAUCCCAACAACACUGUUUGUCCUGUUUGUACUCUGUAUUUGAGGCCUGGAAUUACACUGAAGUCUCACUUGGCCAGCCAUCCCAAACACAAAGUAAUUGAGGCUUUGGUGAAAAUUUCCUCAACAUCCCUGGACCCCAAAAUAGAAAAUGGUCCGCCACAAAUUACAGAUGCUAACACUCCCUGUAGUAGUUCUCAAGUAAAUACAGCCAUAGUUAAUCAAUCCUGGAAUCACAGUAGUGGCCCACUUCCACCAAACCUUGCCGCAAUGCAGGGAAACCAUGUGUUCAUCUAUCAGCAAAGUAUGAGCACAACGGCGCCUCAAGGCAAUGUUCUCAACGUUAAUCCACUAGCCCAGCAAUAUGUCAUUCCUACUGUAUUUAACCCCCAAAUGAUGCCCUAUUUGUAUCAACAACAACAAGUCAUUAUGUCUAGUAAUGCAUGUGUCCCUCCAUUAAGAGCUCUUCCCUUUGAAUUACCCUCACCAACUGAUUGUGCUGUUAUAACGGAAGAGCCAAACGAUGAAGUAGUAGUGGAAAAACAGACCAAACUGAAUGAAGUUAAAACUGAUACUUUGUUGAGCGAAGAUAUUGAGAUAACUGAAAUAAGACUUGGGGCAGAAAUGACAGUGACCACUCUCAAACCUUCUGAAACAAUUGAUGAUGAGGAGGGAGAGGAAGAGCAGGUAAUUCAAUAUACAAACGAAGAGUUGCAAUGUGAUCAAAGCAUCGAUCAUGAAGAGUGCAUAGGGUCUCCCAAAUCCAAUAAUGAUGUGGAAUAUCAACAGGAAGAGUUAAAUAAGGCAUGCCAAACACAAACUUCAGUUGGAGUUUUAACAGAUGAAGUUGCAAUUGCAAUUGAAGAGUGCGAAUAUGAGCAGGAAGUAACUCCCGAGUUUUAUUAUUUGGACGACAACGUCCCUAAUACAUCCUAUUCAGAACCUACAUAUUCCCAAAAUCAUUCUAUUUAUACUACUAGCAACAUAUUGCAGUCAAGUGAUUUUAUGGACAUGGACGGUAUGCAAGUAAUCAUCAAUGAUUUUACAACUGCCCCGAUUAUUUCUCAGGUGGACAGUACAGAUAUGAGGCCUGAUAGAUCAUCGGAUUUAAUGACCAUUGGUGACAUGGUGACUAAACAAAGUUACAACGAGAACAGGGAUUUUGAGGAAAGCGUCUCUAGGGAAAGCUCAAAUGUAAAUAUAAAGGCGGAUGAAUGUAUGCCGCCCAGAGGAGAACUGUCCGGACAGGAAAGCAUAGGAGAAGCCAGCGAUAUCGGCUGGAAUCGCAUUCAAUACCAUGAGGGGCCGUCAGGGUUGUCCACAAACGCCUACGAUCUGAUUGCAAGAGAUACUUGGGAAGCUUCAGACAGUUCAGAUGUGGAGAUUUCGUCCAUGCAAAGCAGAAACGCGGCACCGUAUCGACGAGAAAUGGAAAGUGAAGCUCCCGCAAUAAUUAAUUUUAGUGAACCCCCAAUCAAUUUUAAAUGUUCCACGUGCAGUGAAAACUUUUUGACCUCAAAGGAGAUGACCGACCAUGAAAUGGAGAAGCACCAGUCCAAGAGAAAAGUGAAUUUAAUAGGAGCUGAAAUUGGAAAAACCAAAGUUAAGAAAUUGAUUGUAAAACCUAAAACCGAGGUUCCUGACGCAGAGAACAACUUUGUUUUCACCAACAAAUUAAAGCUUGAAACUCAAACCAUUGUGGAACAAAAUGAAAUAUCAACAGUGUCUGAACCAAAUUUGCCUGUUAAAGUAGAUGUUCAAACGGAUUUUAAAGUAUUGUGUGCAAUUUGCGACUGUGUCCUGGAAAACGCCAAAGCGUUAAAAGUGCACAAGCAGGAAAUACAUAACAUUACCAACGACCUACGCCACAGGUGCACCACUUGCAAUGAGGCUUUUCCAAAUGAAUUCAAAUACACUGAACAUCUCAAAAUACACCCUCUGGAGUGCAGAAUUUGUGGAAAGUUGUUCUAUAGAAAACAAAACUUCCAACUUCACAUGAAAAGACAUCUGGGUCUGAAGCCGUUCAAAUGCGAGCUCUGCAAUAAAUCGUUUGUGACCAAGCAAAAGCACGACGAACACAAAAACACGCAUACCGGAGACGCUCCGAUCAAAUGCAGCCUUUGCAACGAGACAUUCAGGCGCCAUUCGAACUUGAUCCAGCAUCGCAACAGGCACCAUUUCAAUUUGAAGAAAGUGAAGGACUACAUUUGCCAGUGCGGCGAGAUUUUCCACUCCAAGAAAAAGUUGGCCUGGCACAAGGAGAUCCACGAUGCCAAACCGAAGGCUUGCACGAAGUGCAGCGAGAAGUUCGUGCACAUGUCCAGUUUGACCAGGCACAUGCGCAGAGCCCACAACGAGAAGUUCCUACCGAACACGGACAGAUCGUCCGAGAACGUAGAGUGCCCGAUAUGCAAAGGGGUGUACUUGAGAUCGUCUUUGGAGGUCCACAUUCGCAACCACAGCGGCGCGAGGCCGUACCAGUGUUUGAUCUGCAACAAGGACUUCACCACCAAGUGGAACCUGAAGCUCCACAAGUGGACGCACGCGUCGAGAACCUCGAAGCCCUUCAAAUGCGACCAGUGCAGGGGCGCGUUCAUCAGAGAGUCCGACUACAUAUCGCACAUGAACUCGCACAAAAGCAUCAGGCCGUACACGUGCAACUUUUGCGGCGCUCAGUUCAUCAGAAAGUACAAUUGCCAGAGGCACGUGAAAGAGCACGAAACGGGCAAAACGUUCAACUGUCAGAUUUGCGGUAAGUCUUUCCAUCGGUCGUACUAUCUGAAGGACCACAUGCGGGUGCACAGCGGCGUGCGGCCCUAUUCUUGUCACAUCUGCGGGAAAACUUCCACCACCAAAUCGAAUCAUAAUAAACAUGUACAAAUACAUCAUGCCAGGGAACCGGUCAAUACAGAAAAUUAGGUUUUCUUUUUUAUUCAUUGGGACAAAUCAGGCUCCAUUCAAGAAAACUACUUUUUAUUUUACACAUAUUUUAUUGACUUUAUUGCAC